AUGGCAUGGUAUGGCAUUCCUUUGGACCAGGAGAUUCUAUUUGGAUUCUACAAACACCACUGCCAUCGAGGUACUUCUCCAUCCUCACUGAUCCACACUCGGGACCUACAACAAGGUAGUCCUCAAUCCUUACUGAUCCAUGCCCAGGACCUACAACAAGAUAGUCCUCAAUCCUUACUGAUCCAUGCCCAGGACCUACAGCAAGAUAGUCCUCAAUCCUUACUGAUCCUCACUCAGGACCUACAACAAGGUAGUCCUCAAUCCUUACUGAUCUAUGCCCAGGACCUACAACAAGGUAGUCCUCAAUCCUUACUGAUCCACACUCAGGACCUACAACAAGGUAGUCCUAAAUCCUUACUGAUCCACACUCAGGACCUCCAACAAGGUAGUCCUCCAUCCUUACUGAUCCACUCUCAGGACCUACAACAAGGUAGUCCUCAAUCCUUACUGAUCCACACUCAGGACCUACAACAAGGUAGUCCUCAAUCCUUACUGAUCCACACUCAGGACCUACAACAAUGUAGUCCUCAAUCCUUACUGAUCCACACUCAGGACCUAAAAAGUAGUCCUAAAUCCUUACUGAUCCACACUCAGGACCUACAACAAGGUAGUCCUCAAUCCUUACUGAUCCACACUCAGGACCUACAACAAGGUAGUCCUAAAUCCUUACUGAUCCACACUCAGGACCUCCAACAAGGUAGUCCUCAAUCCUUACUGAUCCACUCUCAGGACCUACAACAAGGUAGUCCUCAAUCCUUACUGAUCCACACUCAGGACCUACAACAAGGUAGUCCUCAAUCCUUACUGAUCCACACUCAGGACCUACAACAAUGUAGUCCUCAAUCCUUACUGAUCCACACUCAGGACCUAAAAAGUAGUCCUAAAUCCUUACUGAUCCACACUCAGGACCUACAACAAGGUAGUCCUCAAUCCUUACUGAUCCACACUCGGGACCUACAACAAGGCAGUCCUCAAUCCUUACUGAUCCUUACUCAGGACCUACAACAAGGUAGUCCUCAAUCCUUACUGAUCCACACUCAGGACCUACAGCAAGGUAGUCCUCAAUCCUUACUGAUCCACACUCAGGACCUACAGCAAGGUAGUCCUCAAUCCUUACUGAUCCACACUCAGGACCUACAGCAAGGCAGUCCUCAAUCCUUACUGAUCCACACUCAGGACCUACAACAAGGUAGUCCUCAAUCCUUACUGAUCCAUGCCCAGGACCUACAGCAAAGUAGUCCUCAAUCCUUACUUAUCCACACUCAGGACCUACAACAAGGUAGUCCUCAAUCCUUACUGAUCCUCACUCAGGAUUUACAGCAAGGUAGUCCUCAAUCCUUACUUAUCCACACUCAGGACCUACAACAAGGUAGUCCUCAAUCCUUACUGAUCCUCACUCAGGAUUUACAGCAAGGUAGUCCUCAAUCCUCACUGAUCCACACUCAGGAUUUACAACAAGGUAGUCCUCAAUCCUUACUGAUCCACACUCAGGACCUACAACAAGGUAGUCCUCAAUCCUUACUGAUCCACACUCAGGACCUAAAAAGUAGUCCUCAAUCCUUACUGAUCCACACUCAGGAUUUACAGCAAGGUAGUCCUCAAUCCUUACUGAUCCACACUCAGGAUUUACAACAAGGUAGUCCUCAAUCCUUACUGAUCCUCACUCAGGACCUACAACAAGGUAGUCCUCAAUCCUUACUGAUCCUCACUCAGGACCUAUAG